UAAAUGGAACUGCCGGGAGAUGCACUCGGAUCAGUAGUAAUUUAAGAUUACGAAGCUUUGUCGGAGGAUUACCAGGAAGUUGAGAGAGAACGGAAUGAAGUUUUGUGCAGUUGCUAUUCUGGUGGUGUUUCUGUUCGAGUUCAGCAGCGCUCGGUUAGCGCCAAUCCUAACGGGAUGCUCCCGCAAGGAUCCAAAGUUUGAACGAUGCGUCAAGGAAGUGGUGGAACGAAUCCGCUCCAACAUGGCCGUGGGAGACUACGGUGAAGGUCAACCGCCGGCGCCAUCACUCGAGCCCAUCCGAAUCGACCGAAUGGCUAUCGAUCAUGGAUCGAGCUUCCGUGCCACCCUCUCGAACGUGACGAUCGAGGGUGCCGGUGCGUUCUCCAUCCGAAGGGUUAAGGUUAGCGUGGAAGAAAAAAUGUUCAACGUCAGCGUGCGGCUUCCCAGUAUGCUUGUGAAUGGUCAAUACACGCUUGACAUGCGGCUGCUGCUGCUCCGGAUCACCGGUCAGGGUGAUUUCGAUUUACAGCUAAAUAACACGAUUGCCAACAUGCGCCUCAAGUACUAUCUGAAGCCGGACCCGGAGGGGGAACUGGAGUAUGUCCAGCUGUAUCCAGUUCAGGUUAAACUACGCUUCGACAAGGGGCAGUUCCAUUUGCAUAACCUAUUCAACGGGGAUCCAACGCUGGGCCAGAUUGGGAAUAACGUAAUCAACGAAGAUCCGCUGGUGCUGUUGGAUGAGGUACGGCCUGCCUUCGAGGAAAGCCUAGGAAGGAUUUUCAGCGAAAUGGCUAACAGUGCGAUCAGUGGGGCUACCGAGUUGGAUAUUCUACCACUUUAAUGGAUGUUUGCUUCAAUAAACAAAAACCUAGUUUGAUGUUGUUUUGAAGUAGAAUACUUCUCUCAGGAAGUUCGGCUACAUAGGGAUGUGAAAUGAAAAUCUAAAACCGAAAAAAGUGAAAAAUAUGUCCAAUUUCAAAUACUAAUAAAUCGGUUAGUAUCCGA